AUGUAAAAAUCUCAUUCUCCACAGCCUCGUCGUACAAACAGCAAAUAUUCAUCAUUCCCUUUCAAAUUACCGAUCAACAACCUAGCCCUUCCUUCAACCACCAACAACGUGUAGUCUGAUUAGGGUAGAAAGGUGCUAAUACAUGUAGGAUAGCAAUCAAGCAAAAAGAUUAAAUAACUUUUGCAGGUUAAUACAAGGCCAGUUAUAAAUCCAUCAAAAGUUUAAAUUGACAUUGAAAAACUACAAAUCAUUAUGAAUGGGAAAUAUGAGAAAAAUAUCUCAAAUACUUCCUAUUCAUAAUAGGUUGAAAAUACUCUCAAAGAAUUGCGAACCAAAAUAGAUGAAUAGGACAAUCUAAUUAGAUUGCAGGAAUUCAAAAUUAAUAGAUUGCAAUAGGAGCUAGUGUUCUCAAAACAAUAAUAUUAACGCAUGAUGUCAAAAUUUACACAGCUUGAUGGCAAAUAAUACAAUUAUCCGCAAUCAACUAAAUUAACAAAAUCUUAAAUUAGUAUACCAUAAAUUGAGCAAAUGCCUUCGGUAAAUAAAGUACUACAAGUAGAUAACAAGAAGAAAAGAAACAUAAUAGAGAAAAUUUAAGGGCUUGCGUUGGAAAAUAAAAAAUUUAAAGAUGAAGUUCAAAAGAAGUUUAAGGGAGUGCUUCAACUUGUAAAUGAAUUUGCAAUGAGUGUAGUUAGUCAAGCAUCAUCUCUUUACAUUUAACAAAUACAAUCCAUUGAAUCGGUUUUUGAAAUGCAUAACAAUUUUACGAAAAAUGAUUAUCAAGGCAUGAGGGCUUAGUAUGAUAUUUUGAAUAGGGAGAUCUAAUUACUGGAGUAGUAGAGGGAAAUAUUAUAUGAUAAAGUAAUUUCAUUACUUUGA